UGGAAAAAAAAAGAAAAGAAAGAAAAAAGAAAAGAAAAGGAUUUGCUUUGUUUGUACGAGCUAUCUCAAUUCUCAAUUCUCAAUUCUCAAGUGCCAAUCAACCACAACAGCUUAUUUUUCCCCCCCCUCCCAUCACAAAUUAUCUCUGCCAAAACGCCAUUGAUACGAUUCGAUUCGACUUCUCAGCUCAUCAUUUCUUUUUCUGGGAAGCGAAACUUCUGGGUAUCAAUCAAUUAGAAUUUCGUUAAUGGAGAAAGGGAUCCUUUUGUUGGUGUUGGUGAUUCUGUUUGGGAAUUUAAUGUUCACUGCCGUCGACGGCGUAUCCGUUAGGGCUCCGAUUUGUGCUAUGAGGUCUGUUAAAGAUUACGCCUUAGGGUUUCGAGAGCAGUCCUGUCCAUUUUAUGGUGAUGAAUUAGCCGACCGUCCUCAUUUCGUUGUCGUCACUGAGGGUGACGAGCGUUGGUUGCAAACAGCUUUGGAUAUGAUUCAUAAGAACAAGUGUGACUAUGUGGCUUUGCUCUUCUAUGCUUCAUGGUGUCCUUUCUCAAGGUCUUUUACUCCGAGUUUUGAUCUCAUCUCUUCUCUCUACUCAUCAAUUCCUCACUUUGCAAUUAAGGAAUCGUCCGUUAAGCCAAGUACUCUCUCUAAGUAUGGAGUUCAUGGGUUUCCUACUCUCUUACUUAUGAAUUCAACUAUGCGGGCACGAUACCGAGGGACCAGAAUGCUUGAUUCUCUUGUUGCUUUCUACAGAGAUGUUACUGGCAUUGAAACGCUGGAUAAGACUUCUCUCGAGAAGAGCUUAUUGGUUCCUCAUCUCGGGAACGAAAACAACACUGAGCCAGAGAACUGCCCUUUCACAUGGGCCAGAUCGCCUGAGAAUAUGCUUCGACAAGAAACCUAUCUAACUCUUGCUACUGUAUUCGUACUGUUGAGAUUGCUCUAUUUCGUUUUCCCUGCACUGGUUGUGUUUGCCAAGUUUACUUGGCCACGGAUUGCUCAAAACAUGAGAUUAGAAAGCCUGCAAGAACAUACCGUCGGAUUUCUGAGCCGACUGUGCAUGUAUCUUAAAGAGCCUUGCAAGAGGAGCAAUCUGCAGGGAGGAGCCAUGAACGCUAGAGCAUGGGCCUCCAAGUCUUUAGCAACUGUCUCCAUUGGGGAGUCCAGCUCAUCAAACAGCAGAGCAAGCUCGGCUUCUCAAUGACUUGAAACUUCUAAGAGAUAGCAAAUGUAACCAGCUAAAAUGUUUGGGUGUAUCACGCAUAUGUUACAGCUUUUCAAGAUAAAGUUGUCUCUUCCAUGUAUAAUCAGCUGCUCCUGGAGAGGGGUUAAUUCAUAGCAAAUUAUUUUGUAGCAAAAAAUCAGUCAUGACAAUAUUCUAUUAGCCAGCUCGUGAUUUUCUGUCAA